CUGUUUCAGUGAGUGCAAGAGGGAGUGGAGGAAACAGUAAAGAGAGCAGGUGAUUAAACGGCUGGAUUUUUUUUUGGAUUAUUCCGCGUUAAGAGGUUUUCUGACAGAAGUUGACAUUUGGCUAUGAGCAAGCUGUGGUUCAUCUGCACCUCACCAGUGGCUGCAUUAUAUAUCAUUGCAGUAUGCCUAAAUCAUGCAGCUCUUACUCUGGCCAUCCAGGUGACAUCCACUGGACCACAAACUAUCAAGAAAGCCCAGGGGGAUAGCGUUACUCUGGGCUGCACGUACACUGUAGACCCUUCGGAUGUGGGAGUGCUGGACAUUGAGUGGACAGUUGUCAGUCAAGACAUGACCCAGAAAGAUCAGCUGAUCUUAUCCUACACCGGAGAGGAGGAGUACAAGCUGGGAGACCCAUCCCUCAUGAGUCGUCUGCAGUUUGUUGGGGACCCCAGCCGUGGAGAUGCCACGAUCAUCAUUUCUAACCUUCAGGUCUCAGACACGGGCACAUACCAGUGUAAAGUGAAGAAAACACCAGGCAUUGAUUCGAGGAAAAUCACUUUAUUGGUGCUAGUACGACCUUUGGUCCCUAAAUGCUGGGUGGAAGGCAGCGAGGAGAAGGGCGGAACGGUUUCGCUGCACUGCAAAUCCUCGCAGGGUUCACCUCCUCUAAAUUAUGCAUGGACAAAAGAGAGUGGAAACAUGCCACCGACCGCAACACAGAAUCCCCAAACUGGAGAGAUGCUAAUCAGAAACCACAGUGACAGCUACAUGGGGAAGUACCUUUGUGAAGUCAGCAAUGAAGUUGGAACAGAACACUGUACCUACGCCCUUCAAGCAUAUAACCCGACUAAUAAAGUGGGAGUGAUUGUGGGAGCUGUGAUUGGUGCAUUGCUAUUGCUGCUGCUCCUCCUCCUGCUGAUCUGGCUUCUGAUUUGCUGUUGCCACAAGCGCCGCUAUGAGAAAGAGGUUGCCAAUGAGAUCAGGGAGGAUGUGGCAGCGCCAGAGAGUCGCCCAGGAAGCCGUAACACCAGCUUCCGUUCUAUAAUGAACUACCACACCCAUCCAGGCAUUAACUACAUCUCGGUUCGGAACGCAGAGGUCGUGAGGUCUGGAUCAGGUCACAGCAGCACUUACACCGAACAGAAAAUAGUCCAAAGGGAAUCCAGCAUGCUUGCUAGUGAUCUCAGUCCUCCACUACAAUAUGAGAGCAAAUAUGGAUACCCUGUAUAACUGACGACCUCCCAGUGGGACUCAAUAUAAACUGUGCAAAACCAUAGCAAGAUUUUCCGUCCAUAAAACUGCACAGAAGAAUAUUCGCAUUUGUGAAUUGCAUAAUAUUGAUCUACUAAUAUGUGUAUAGUUGUGUUUAUGUAUUUUUGUAUAAUUUUAUAAGCAUUUGCAUAGACAUUUUGGUAAAAUGUGGUGAAAAUGAAUGAAUGUUAGAAGAUUAUGUGGCAAUUUUAACUAACUAACAUUUUUAACUUCUUUGUAACAAAUACAGUCGUUUAAGUUUGAAAGUAAAAGAUUUUAAAAGUGUGAUGUGAGUGGUUGCUAUGUUACA